UUACAGAUCUGGGACACGGCUGGUCAAGAAAGGUUUCGGACUAUAACCCAGAGUUACUAUCGAAGCGCCAAUGGAGCUAUUCUCGCCUAUGACAUUAGUAAGAGAGGCUCUUUCCAGUCCAUUCCUCGCUGGAUCGAGGAUGUGAGGAAAUAUGCAGGCUCCAAUAUAGUACAGUUGCUAAUUGGAAACAAGUCUGACCUAAGUGACCUUCGGGAGGUUCAACUAGAAGAGGCUCAGAGUCUGGCUGAACACUAUGAUAUCAUCUGUGCCAUAGAGACGUCUGCAAAGGACUCCAGCAAUGUGGAGGAAGCUUUUGUAAAGAUGGCCACAGAGCUAAUGAUGAGACAUGGAGGCCCCGUGUUCAGUGAGAAAAACACAGACAGCAUCAAACUUGACAGCAAGGAUGUGGUAGAAGGGUGGGGCUGUGGCUGCUGAUCAUACAAUUUCUCUAAUUGUUACUGGAAUUUAGAUACAUUCCCUUCUUUCUCCUACACUUUGGGUUUCCUCUAUACAUAAAACACUUUGCACAAGCUUUGUGUUUUGUAAGUUAAGGGACUGACAUUUGCAGCAUGUUUUUAAUAUGAAGGAACUUUCUUAUGUAGAUCUGAAACUGUGUGGCAGUCAUUCUGUAGCAAUUUCUACUAUAUUUUUUUUUAGAGGAAUUAGUGCAAUUUGGCAGUAAGUUGCACAGAGCGAAGCUACUAAAAUAUCUUCAUACAAAAUGGUCUGAGUGCAGAACUGCUAUUUUACUAUUCACUGACAUCUUGGUAAGGGACUUAUCAACUUGGAUGACAUUUAAUCCUUUUAUGGCAGCAGGUUUUCAGACUGCCUGUUUCAACUCUUCACAUUCCAGGGUGCGGGUGGGGAGUAAACUUACACAUGGUGACGUAAAUUUUGUAGGGAUAUUUCAAGUAUGAAAUACUCAAUUUUCUGCAUAGGAUAUAGCAGCUGAACCUCCUAAAUUAUGAAAUUGUGCUUUCCUGGAUACUAAUACUGCUGGUACAAGACGUGCAAAGCAGGCAUUUUUUCUCUCUUGGUUGUUGUUUUUUUCAAAUAGAGAAAGCAGUAGCAAUUGUAUAAUACAUAGAGGUUUUGUUUCGUUUCAUUUCAGAAGACUUGAUCCUGAAUACAUUUCACUGGAUAGUAGUUCCAUGGGUAGUAAAUGCCUUUGAAACUGUAUAGGGCUUUAUUUUAAAUAGGCUGAAAAUUAUAAAUUAAGAUAGAUUUAAUAGUUUAUUUUGCACAAUUGAUAUAGAUUCCUUAUAGUUAAUACUAUAGAUUGGUGAUUCUUGUCUUCAUUAAUUUCAGUAUAGUUCUCAUACUUCAGAGAAAUAGUUUAUUUGAAUAUCUUUCCCUUCAAUCCUAACCUUUUCUUCUUUCAUUACCAUUGAGCAUAUUACAAAUUAUCCCAGCUAGAGGAUUUCCCCCCUCCCCCCAUUUCUCGGUACUUUCAAUAAUUAUCGACUUGACUCUAUUUGAACUUUCCCUGGUCAGUGGUAUUAAGAAGUUGUUAAUAAGUAUAUGGUAAAUAUUGAAUUAUAUGUAGGAGAUAAUUGGUCAUUUUCCUAAACUGACCACUCAUGGUACAGAGCUCUAAAAAUCAUCGAACAGUUGCUUUGUUUUGUAAGACCAUCAUUAUGAGGCAUAUUUGCUAAUUUUAUAAGAUACUUUUCUUAUAUCAUAGGCCCUAGUUUCCUACUGUUCGGUCCUUACCCAUUCCUUCUGUUCCUGAUUUCUUCCAUCAUGCUAUGACACAAUCUUCAAAUUAGCUUCAUGCUAUUUUUUUUUCAGGACAAAUCACUAGCAUAUAUUAAAAGAGUCUGCAAUCUUAUUAUUCAAAAACUGCUGAACUAUUUCUAUUUUGUUAAUUUAAGAUAAAUAUCUUUAUUUACAUUGGCCAGUGGUUUAGAAGUGCAGAUAUUAAUAACAAUUGCCUUUUUAGAGCACCUUAAACUGGGAAAUGAAGAAUAAUUAUAAUGACUGCAAAUCUUCCAAGCAACUUUUCCAGUGUCCAAUAUUAUUUAUAAUGGGCCCUAUGCACCUGUCUGAGAAUCAAAGAUUUUGAAUGAAAUCCUUGCAGUCAAUUAUGUUAAAACGGGUUUGAUACAAUGGUACUAUUAUGGCCAUGAAUACCUCCCUGAGUACCCAUAGGCUUUCUAACCCAUCUGAUUUUUUUUUUUAAGAUUUCUUAUUUUUAAAAGCUCAAAUGUGAAACUAACAUAAUAUGCUUUCAAACUUGUGAAUAUUCCCAAUGCAUUUGUCUAACCUAUUUUAGGAAAAUACUUAGCGUUUUAUGAUUGGAAACAAGUUUCAGUUCAGUUAGCAGAGAUUAGGAUAACUCUAGUUUGAGAGACUGCUUUUAGGAGAUCAGUAUGAGAAAGUUAAAACAUUUGAACCUGUUUUAAUUUUGUGCAGUAUAAAGCAUCUGGCUAUAAUAUUUACCUUACUACUCGAAUUUUGAUUCCAGUGAUUAUCCUGAUGAAUGUUUUUAUUGUAAUUUCAGAAUAGUAGCUUUAGAGUUGAAUGUUUUAUAAGGUAAAGAAGAAAGGGGCCUUAAUUUCAGUUAGAUGUAGUUUUGUAAUUAUGUUUCCAUAGAAAAGAGAGAAUGCCUGAGAGAUGCUGCUUCUAAAUACUAUUUUAUACCAGAUUUCUUCAGGUUUAUUGUAUCCAGCCUUUGAUUCCUAAGCAGUAGUUAACAAUGAGUACUAACAGAACAUUGGCAUUAAACAGAAAUGGUUGAUUUUGUACUGUGAAUCCAAAAUAAUUAAUAUUAUGUAAUUUAAAUUUCUUCAGUUGAGCCAUGAAAAUGAAAGGGAAAAAAAUGAAUGGUCUUAGCAUGAUUGAUUGAACUAAGCACAGUUCCUAAAUUCAUCUCCUCAUAUAUUAGCUUUUAUAUCAGGCAUCCAUACACUUAUAUCAGGCAUCCAUACACUUUUCAAGCCAUAGGUAACCCCUUUCUAAAAUGCUGAGGUUCUGGUAAAAUCCUGCACGAGGAAUUUGAUGGGUACUACCUUUUAAUCAUUUCUGUAUGAGAGUAUAUCAGCUCCAUUUUCAGUUAUUAAAACUUCAAAACAAAUUUAAAUCAGUUUCUUUUAAAAUAAAAUGCAGCAUAAAGUUUGAUGUCUUUCAUCAUUUGCAUUCUUAAGAAUAUUUAUUUCUAGAAGGGAGAGGCCUGUGGGGUUUCAGCAUAGCAAGAUCAUUAGAAAGUAUAAAAAAGAAUCCACAAAACAUAUAUAUAUACACACAUACAUACAUACAUACA